AAAAAAAAGAAACCCCAAAACCAAACAAUGCCCCCUUUCUUCCCCAUUUCUUUGAUCUCUCUCCCUCUCUCCGUCUCUCUCUGAGAGAGAUUUCCUUCUACCUUCUAUCUUCUACCUUCCCUAGCCCAAGUAAAAACCCUCCUAAUCCCCCUUAAUUUACACAACUUGCCGCUCUUCCUACCCGUGUGCCUCCAACUUCAUUGAAAAAAUCCCGCAAACCCUAUCUUUAUUUUUCGAACUUUUAGUUUUUCUUCUUCUUCUUCUGCUGCUGCUGUAUCUAGGGUUUUCUUUUUAGGUUGGUUUGUAAAGUAUGGAGAGAUCCGAUGGCAAACCUCCCUACAACCUCUCUCAAACUUCCUCAGAUAAUGCGCUUUUUGAUGCAUCCCAGUACGAAUUUUUUGGUCAACAUGCUAUGGAAGACGUGGAGUUGGGGGGUCUAGAAGAUGGUGAAGAGGAUGCUCCUGUGUUUGCAUCUGCUGAAGAUGACGAGUAUCAUUUGUUUGAUAGAGGAGAGGUUGUAGGUUUAGGAUCUUUAUCUGAUAUGGAUGAUCUGGCUAGUACUUUUGCAAAGUUGAAUAGGGUUGUUACAGGACCAAGAAAUCCAGGAGUUAUUGGUGAUAGAUCUGGAUCUUAUUCAAGGGAAAGUUCAUCUGCUACCGACUGGGCUCAAGAUGGAGAGUAUGUAAACUGGAUGGAUCAGCAUAUGUUUGAUGUAGAAGAUGCUCAAGAAGGCAAGAGAUGGUCCUCGCAGCCACAACCUUCUUCUGCUCGUGUUGCAGAAUCGAAGCCUUUGUAUAGAGCUUCCUCAUAUCCGCAGCAGCAACCACAGCCACAUCACUUCAUAAGUGAACCUAUUGUUGGACCCAAAUCAACCUUCACAUCUUUCCCUCCUCCUGGUAGCAGAUGCCAGCAGUCUUCACCUGCUCACCUAAACAUUCCUGCUCUUAGCAGUGGAUCUCAGCCACCCUUCUCUGCAGCAAGCUUCUCUCCAUUGUCCAACCCCAGUCUUCAUCUGGCUGGUCUUUCUGAUGGAUUGCAUUAUGGUAGUAAUCUAUCCCGGUUAACAUCUCCUGGCCUAUCUUUUAGUAGCAGGUCACAAAAUCACUGGGUUAACCACUCUGGUCUAUUACAUGUAGAUCAUGCUGGUCUUUUGCAUAAUAUGUUGCAACAGCAAAUACCUCAUCAAAAUGGCCUAAUGUCCCCACAUUUAAUGUCACCACAACAGCAGUUGCAACAGCAGAGACUGCACCAUUCAGCUCAACCAUCUUUGGUGCAUUUUGCAGCAUUGCAAUCUCAACUGUAUAGUGCCUAUCCUCCAUCACAAAAAAUGUUGCUUGGACUAGCUGAUCUUAGGGAUCAACGAACUAAACCAUCCCAAAGAAACAGGCAGAGCAUGCGUAUUUCUCAGCAAAGCUCUGAUACCGGUAGCCAGAAAAGUGAGAGUGGGUUGGUGCAAUUCAGAUCUAAGUAUAUGACUGCUGAAGAGAUAGAGAGUAUUCUUAAGAUGCAGCAUGCUGCCACGCAUAUUAAUGAUCCUUAUGUAGAUGAUUAUUACCACCAAGCUUGUCUUGCCAAAAGAUCUUCUGGAUCCAGGGCCAAACAUCAGUUUUGCCCAUCUCACGUGAAGGAAUUACAUUCUCGAUCUCGUAACAGUGGAGAGCAGCAUUUGCAUCUCCAUGUUGAUGCACUUGGGAAGGUCCCCCUCUCUUCCAUUCGGAUACCUCGUCCUCUGCUUGAAGUCGAUCCUCCCUUAGGUUCAGGUGAUGGAGGUUCUGAACAGAAAACUGAGAGGCCUCUGGAGCAGGAACCUAUGCUUGCAGCUAGAAUCACCAUUGAAGAUGGUCUCUGUCUUCUUCUUGAUGUGGAUGAUAUUGACCGGCUUCUACAAUUUAUUCAAACCCAAGAUGAUGGAGCUCAGCUCAGACGGAGGCGGCAGAUCCUGCUUGAAGGUAUGGCGGCAUCACUUCAACUUGUUGAUCCACUUAGCAAAGGUGGGCAUGCUGUUAGCUGUUCUCCCAAAGAUGACAUUGUGUUCCUAAGAUUAGUCUCUCUUCCCAAGGGCCGUAAGCUCCUCACCAGGUUCCUUCAGCUUCUCAUGCCUGGAAGUGAGCUUAUUCGAAUAGCAUGCAUGGCCAUUUUCCGUCACUUGAGGUUCUUGUUUGGUGGUCUUUCUUCCGAUCCAGAAGCAGCCGAGACAACUACUAAUCUUUCAAAGACUGUUUCUAUGUGUGUUAAUGGCAUGGAUCUUCGGGCUCUUAGUGCUUGUCUUGUUGCAGUUGUUUGUUCUUCAGAGCAGCCACCACUCAGGCCCAUCGGAAGCCCUGCUGGGGAUGGUGCUUCUGUUAUUUUAAAAUCAGUUCUUGAAAGGGCUACUCAACUGUUAAGUCAUCCUUCUGGAAAUUGCAGCAUGCCUAAUUAUGCAUUCUGGAGGGCUUCGUUUGAUGAAUUUUUCACUCUUCUUACCAAGUAUUGUGUGAGUAAAUAUGAUACGAUAAUGCAAUCAAUACACAACCAGUCUCAGCCAACCACGGAAGGAAUUGGUUCAGAGGCUAUAAGGUGUGAAAUGCCGUGUGAGCUACUGCAUGCUAGUCUUCCUCACACAAAUGAGGCUCAGAGGAAGCUUUUAAUGGACUUCUCUCAGCGAUCUGUGCCCGUGAAUGGAUCCAAUUCCCAUGCUGGGAGUACUAGCCAAAUAAACUCUGAAUCAGUGAAGGGUUAAUAAAGGACAAUGGUGUGGUAACGUGAAAAUGCCCUGAACACUGCACUAGAUGGAAUGUGGGAUGGGGGAGCAGAAGCAAGGUGGGAUGUGUAUUUACUGUAGAAGUCUGGUUUGGAGGGGCUAGUAUUAUCUGCAUUACACUUUGGUUCUUGUUAUGAUCCCCUUCCCUUCCCCCCCGCCCCCCCUUUUUAUCUGAAAAAAAAAAAAAGAUCAUUGGAGAGAAGAAUCAUAAGAUUGGAAGUUGAUGGAAGUUAUAGUAACGCAUAAAUGUGGUAUUAUGAUGGGAGUUGGGUGACUGGAAGUCAGUUCGGCUUCUGGGGAGCUUAUAUUUUGGUGCUCUGUUUUGAGACUCCAAUACAUGUGGAUGUGUAGUGGGUUAGAAUGUACAGGUGGAGUGAUGGUCUUCUAACAGACCCUUUUGGAAACAAACUCCUUUUCUUUUAUACUGUUUCAUUACGAUAAAAUCUGAGGGAGUCUGAUGAUGCCCAAGUUCUCUAGUUUUUAUC